GUUUAUUUCGUCACGUUUGAAUGACUACAGGUAUUCCUAGGUACACUCAGGUUGUACACUUACAAAAAUGCCGGAAGUGCUCUAUCCCGGUCGAAUGAAGGUGUGAAAUUUACAACCAGGUACAGGCAGAAUCACGUGUAGAAGAAGGAUGAAUUGAAAUAGGAAAUUACCUGGGGGAUUAAUAGCAAUGUCGGGAUUACGGCGAAAGGAGAAAUGGGAGUCCAGUAUGUCCGACGUGACCUCCAACGGAAAUGCGGGGGACACCGGAAGUCUGGGACCCCCCGACCUCCUGACCAACAACAUCGACCCGGGAGUCUACAAGAAAGACAGCAAAUACUCCUCCAAUGGAAAUUCAAAGGUUACCAUAGCAACCGAAGAAACGGAUGACAGCAGAAAACAGAUUUUUGGAAAAGAUGAAAACGAGGAACGUGGUAACUGGACGGGAAGGUUUGACUUUCUGCUGUCCAUGUUAGGGUACGCUGUGGGCCUUGGCAAUGUGUGGCGGUUUCCGUAUCUAUGUUAUCGCAAUGGCGGCGGGGCUUUCUUAAUCCCCUUUGUCCUGAUGAUGGUACUUGUGGGCGUACCUCUGUUUUUCAUGGAAGCCUCGUUGGGGCAGUUCUGUAGCAGUGGACCCAUGACCUGCUGGAAAUUUGCGCCACUGUUCAAAGGGAUAGGGAUAUCUAUGGUGGCGGUAUCCGCUCUGACGUCACUAUACUACAAUAUGAUCCUUGCGUGGUCCUACUACUAUUUCUUUGCGUCCUUUACGAGUGACCUCCCGUGGAUUUCGUGCGACAAUAGCUGGAAUACCAAAGACUGCAGUGCAAAGUUACCUUUGACAGACUGCACGACUGGAAAGAAGUAUGCUAACGGGACGUGUUACGAUGGCGACACGUUCAUUGGACUCUGGGAUGUUAAAAACUUCACCAAGGUUACCGGGCGAAAACGGAAGCUCGCAUCUGAGGAAUAUUGGGAAAAUGUCGCGCUAGAUCAGAGUUCCGGGAUUGAGGAGUUCGGACAACCAAAAUGGGAUUUGGUUUUGUGCCUUAUGUUUGCGUGGAUUAUCUGCUUCCUGUGCCUGAUCAAAGGAAUUAAAUCCACUGGAAAGGUUGUAUAUUUCACCGCUAUUUUUCCGUAUGUUGUCCUGUUGAUUUUGUUCUUCAAUGGCGUGUUCCUCAGUAACGCAGGGGAGGGAAUUUAUUACUACAUAGUACCAGACUUUUCCAGGCUUCUGGAUCCCAGGGUUUGGAAAGAUGCAGCCGUCCAGAUAUUUUUCUCCAUGUCCAUUGCAGGGGGAGGACUGGUCACGCUAUCCAGUUAUAACCGUUUCCAUAACAACAUCCUGAAAGAUUCUCUUAUUGUCAGUGUUGGAGACACGCUGACGUGUAUAUUCGCGGGAUUUGUAAUCUUCGCUUACCUCGGUCACAUGGCGGGUGAACUCAACGUGGAAGUCAAAGAUGUGGCUCAAGACGGUGCCGGACUGGCCUUUGUGGUGUACCCCUCAGCAGUGGCCAGUCUGCCGUCCUCGCCCUUCUGGUCAGCUCUCUUCUUUUUCAUGCUCAUUACAUUAGGACUCGACAGUCAGUUCGCCAUGUUGGAGACGGUGCUGACAGGAGUCAUGGACCAGUACCCGGUCCUGAGGCCCCGGAAAACUUUAGUCAUCCUCCUCAUCUGUAUCGUCUUCUUCAUCAUUGGUCUGCCCCUCUGUUCUCCGGGAGGCGUGUACCUGCUUCAGAUACUGGAUAAUUACGUGGGAGGAUGGACCCUUUUAAUUAUAGGGUUUGCUGAGUGUAUAUGCAUUACUUAUGUAUAUGGAGUGAAUAGAUUUAUAAAAGAUUUGGAACUCAUGAUGGGGUUAAAGAUGUUUGUCUGGUGGAAGAUCUGCUGGAUGGUUAUAAGUCCCAUAGCUUUAGUGUUAAUAUUUAUCGCCACUUUUAUUGACUAUGAGGCCUCUACGUACGGGGACUACACGUUUCCGGCCUGGGCGGACGCCCUGGGCUGGAUCAUGGCGGUGGCCAUCAUACUAGCGAUGCCCAUCACCAUGAUCUACCAAAUCAAUAAGGAGGACGAGGUGCCGUCAGCCUGGCAAAAAUUAAAGUUACUAUGCACACCGUCACGUGACUGGGGUCCCGCAUUAGUCCGUCACAGAGAGCUAGUGACGUAUGUGGAUGGCUGGGUAGACGACCCGUGGGCGGAGAAAGGAGCCUACGUCAACUACGCCUACAAAUCAGACAGCGAAUUACGGACCGGAAGUCUAGGAUCAUUGGAAGCCAGUAGACUUUCUGCCAGGAUGAAAAAGGCCUUCCCGUCAUCAAACGGAUCAACACGGACUGGAAUCUCAUUUGAAUCCUAUGUCUAACCAAUCAUGUCUUCGGACAAUUGUCGGACUAAGUUGAAUUUCAUUGUAAGCAUAUCAUGUCCUGUCAAUAAUAAUUGGAAAAAAAAUUAAGAUGUUUAUUAUGUACAACACAGAAUUAUUCUAUCAGGUAAUUAGAAGAUAUAAGAAUAUACCGUCUCGUUAUACAGAAAUCAAGAAGUAACAUAAUCAUUAGUAUGUGACAUUCUAAAUAUAAGGUAAAUCAUUAUUUAGAGAUCAGGUGGUAGUAUUUUGCGAUUUACAAAAUUUGAAUUUUGUCCUCAUUUACUAAAACACAAAACAAGGGUGAUUUCGAAUGGAAAAGGAACGAAAAUGGAGCAAUAUUUGUAUUUACAAAUAACAGGGCUUGCAAUCGUUGCAAUCAUAAUUAAUUGCAUGACCAAGUUCACAUCAUUCCUCCAAUAUAAAUGUCUGGUCCUUGAAAUAUUGCAUUGUGAAAUUAUCAUCACUAUCAUUAUAAAAUAGUAUUAUUUUCUCUCUGCAUAAUUAAUGUUUUUAAAUGAAAAUGUUCUAAUAUAUACACAACUCAAAUAAGUAAGGAGUAUUGUAUUGUAAAAUAGGUCUUUCGAUGGUUUUAUUUUCUCUACAUAAUGAAUGUUUUUACAUAAAAAUGCUCUGAUAAAUACAGGACUCAAAAUAUGCAACACACAUGUCACAAUUCCAGAUGAAGAUUUUGUUUUAUUUUUUGUCCAAGGAUUAGCUGCUUUUUACACAUUUUUGUACAAUUUUACACACGCUUUUAAUUAUUGUGCGUUUAUACCAGAAAUCUUUACCUGGAGUUUACAUGAAAGCAAUUAAAUGUAUAUAUAUGUCAAAUGUGAUACAUGUACUAGUAUUCAACAGAGACAAUAAAAGGUGAACUGUU